ACAUCUUCGACAUGAAGACGGCUGUACCGGUGCACGCGCUGUGGGCGGGAUUCUGCGCCUUGUCGCCCUGCCAUGCAUUUGUUCCGUCGAGCAGCCUGUCUUCCUUUGGAGGGCAUACGGGUGUCGACGGCAGAACUGCCGCGUCUUUUGACCGGUAUGGGCACAGACACGAUUGUGCAUAUGGCGCAGCCGGAUCGGCGAGGGAUAAAGGCAGGAGGCGGGCAGCUCCGUCUAGGCCGAGAGCCCAGGGCGACGUUAGCAUGGGCCUGCGCAGUGCAGCUAAGAACACCUGGAAGCGUGCGCGCGGUGGAGGGAAGGGCAAGACACGCAGCGAUGGCGAGCUCAAGGAAGGCAUAGCCAACUUCUAUGACAAGUCUUCCGGUCUCUGGGAAGAAAUGUGGGGGGAGCACAUGCACCACGGCUACUACGUCCAGGGGGUGAAGCCCAAGAACAUGGAGCACCAUAGGGCAGCCCAGAGGUUCAUGAUCGGUCGUUCGCUCGAAUGGGCAGGGGUAGAGGAGGGAGGGGCAGCCCCCAAAACGGGAGUCGACAUCGGGUGUGGUGUGGGGGGUUCCUCUCGGGCCAUCAGCAGGAGGUACGGCACCAGCAUGACGGGCAUCUCUCUCUCUCCGGUGCAGGUGGAGAGAGCAAAAACCCUGUCUGAAGCGGCGGGUCUUGGAGACAAGUGCAAGUUCCAGGUGGCCGAUGCCUUGAACACACCCUUCGACACCGAUUCUUUCGAUCUUGUUUGGAGCAUGGAGAGCGGAGAGCACAUGCCCUACAAGCCGAAAUUUGUUGGAGAAUUGGCCCGCAUCUGCGCCCCGGGGGGGCGUGUGCUCGUCGUGACGUGGUGCCACCGCGAUCUGGAGGAGGGGGAGACCGAGCUUACCCCUAAGGAAGAGAAGCUUCUCGCAAAGAUCAACAAGGCGUACUACCUGCCGCGAUGGUGCUCCACCGCUGACUACGUCAAGUACUUCGAGGACGAGGGGCUAGUCGACAUCAAGAGAGCAGACUGGACGGAUAACAUUCAGAACUUCUGGCCGGCUGUCAUCCGAUCUUCGUUGUCUUUUGAAGGCAUUGUGGGCUUGCUUAAGUCGGGGCCUGUUACCAUCCGCGGGGCGGUUGCCAUGUUGCUGAUGGUUCGAGGGUACAAGAGGGGCCUGGUGAAGUUCGGUCUCAUCACCGGCAAGAAGCCGUGAUUUUUGUUUUGGUGUAUUCGAUUGUUACCUUGGUUUCGUCAAGCCACAAGCAGCAAUACGGCCACGCUGUAGAAUUUAUUACACCGUGAGAGCUGACGCCGGCAUGGGGGGCGUGUUGGUGCCAGUUUGUGUAGUCAGCACGUUAGCACCCGGUACGACAAGAAGAAGGCCCUGCACCGUGUCGCGCUACCGUAGAGCGCCUUCUUCGCCUACUGGGUUCUCAUGGUCAGCAUGAUUGUUUUACCAAGUUUGAUGGAGUGUGGCCGUUGACUGCGGCAAUUCACUCCAAAGGCAUGAUACGACUCCCGCAGAACGCACGGUACAGCAAUCGCCUUCUACGUGUGCCUGUGGCUUUGGAACUUUGGAGGCCUUUAUUUACCUUUUAGACCCUCGGAUGAAGAGAUUAGUGGGCCAGCUCUCUUCUGCCCGCCCGGGCGAGGACCUCGCCGCCCCCAACCGCCUGCCGUUCAUUACGGUAUUUCCCCCUGCUUGUUCACGCCCUUUCUCGGAGUAAAUUUCUCGCGUGUAAAUUACCCCGUGUAAGGUUUAUCCCGUAAUUGGCCCGGGACGCACCGGCCGGUUGUACGGCAACGAACGAGCAACGACUUUCCAGAUUGCCAUGCCAGAACUACAGUACACCAGCAGCGGGUC